AUGUUGUUUAAGCCAUCCUACCUUCUCUUUUCUCUCUUCUCGCUGGGCACUGUUGCCUGGGAUGCCCCCAACUAUAGUGGCUUCACUAAAGUCUGGCAGGAUACCUUUGCAGGCUCAAGCGGCACUCUCCCUGACACAAGCAGAUGGAACAUCAUAACAGGAUACCUCAACGUUAAUGCCGAGCUCGAGGUCUAUACUUCAUCAACCCGCAACCUUCAACGAAGCGGCGGCGAUACUCUCCAGCUUGUUCCAUGGCGCGAUGCUUCUGCUCAAAACGGCUGGACUUCUGGUCGUGUUGAAAGCAAAUAUGUCUUCACUCCCCAGGCAGGCAAAAUCACCCGAACCGAAGCCAAUAUCCGAUUCGGUACAUGCUCUACCAACAACAAGCAAGGCAUCUGGCCCGCUUUCUGGAUGCUUGGUAACAUCCUCCGCAACGGUGGUAGCUGGCCUUCCUGUGGUGAGAUCGACGCGAUGGAGACAGUCAAUGGCCAGCUCAUUGGUCACGGAACAGUUCACUGCCAUGUUUAUCCCGGUGGCAUUUGCAAUGAAGGCACCGGUAUUGGUAACACUAUUGGUAUCCCAGACCAGAGCUGGCAUACCUGGAGAGUCGAAUUCAAUCGGGCCAAGAACAACUGGCGCGACGAGACUAUUACUUGGUUCAUGGAUGGUCAGCAGUUCCACCAGAUCACCGGUGCCAGGAUCAACGACCAAAAUGUUUGGAACUCUCUAUGCCACAGUCCUUUGUACUUUAUCCUCAACGUUGCUGUUGGAGGUACCUGGCCCGGAUAUCCCAACGGAAACACUUGCGAUGGCUAUGGUAGCAUGAUGGAAGUUGGCUACGUUGCUCAUUACACCAACUAA